UUUGGUUUUGUAUUUGAUUUACAAAAAUCGUGUGAAAAUGAUGUCUCAUUUGGCGAAUAAUUUGAAAAAAGGCGAUCCCUAUCCUCCCAGGGCUAACCCGGGGCUACUGCGUGUGUAUAGCGACCACACCAGCCCUUUCGCCCAGAGGGUGCUCAUGGUGUUGACCGCCAAAGACAUACCGCAUGAGGUCAUACAUGUGAACAUAUGGGACAAACCGGACUGGUUUGUGGAGCGCAACCCCUUGGGAAAGGUACCCACCAUUGAGUUCGGGGCCGACAAUAAAAUCCUAUACGAGUCGCUCGUAAUCGCCGACUACUUGGAUGAGACCCUUCCCGGGAAACGCCAACUCCGGUCCACUGACCCCUACACCCGGGCCUCCGAUCGGGUGUUUAUCGAGACUAUCAACGAGUACUUCGUUGGCCUGAAGUACGUGUUCACUGAGCCCGACCUGACCCGGGUAUGGGACUCCACUCGGGCGGCCCUCAAAAAGGCUAACGAUUUAUUGGCUAAGCGUAGGGUCGGUGCUAAGUAUUUGUCGGGCGCUGAGCUCCCGGGGCUGACCGACUAUAUGAUAGCGCCUUUAUUACACUUAUUGCCUCUUUGUGUGGACCUAUCGGGCCAUAAGUGGGACGACUAUUUCCGGACAGAGUUGCCGGAGUUUAAUUAG